GGUUUGCCGGAGCAGGCCAGGCUGAGCCGGGCUCUCGAUUAGACCAGAGCAUGUGUGCAGCCCGGAGGGAAAAUAUGGACCUGUGUAGCUUCGCUCCUGACGUAUUCCGCCUCAGUCGAGCCUUCUAUUAAGGAUUUGACGAAUGUUUGUUGGAAAAGAUGGGCUUUGGUAACGAUUUUAAGAGUUUUGCACAUGAAAAAUGCCGUUAAGUUGGAAUUGCCAAAUAAUAUACCGAACCGAGUGUAGAAAUUAGUGACCAUGAAGGUUGACAGAAGUAAAUUGAAGAAAACCCCCACUGAAGCGCCUGCCGACUGCAGGACUCUCAUAGAGAAGCUAAAAGGAUGCAGUGAUGAACAGCUGUUGCUGGAACUGCAGCAAAUCAAGACCUGGAAUAUUGGCAAGUGUGAGUUGUAUCAUUGGGUGGACUUGCUGGACCGUUUCGAUGGCAUCCUCUGUGAUGCAGGGCAGACAGUGGAGAACAUGUCGUGGUUGUUGGUGUGCGACCGGCCAGAGAAUGGGCAGCUAAAAGCCUUAUUGCUGGCUGUGCUCAACUUCACCGCGCUGUUAAUUGAAUACAGUUUUUCAAGACACCUGUACAGCUCUAUAGAGCACUUGACCACCCUUCUAGCAUCAUGUGACAUGCAGGUGGUUCUGUCUGUGCUGAAUCUCCUGUAUGUGUUCAGCAAACGUUCCAACUACAUCACCAGACUGGGCUCAGACAAGAGGAGCCCACUCCUUGCCCGUUUGCAACAUCUGGCCGAGAGCUGGGGUGGUAAAGAGAAUGGCUUUGGUCUUGCAGAGUGUUGCAGAGAUCUGGCGAUGUCGAAAUAUCCACCGAGUGCCACCACAUUGCACUUUGAGUUUUAUGCAGAACCCAGCUCUGAGGUCAAAGUGGAGAAAAAGUCGAGCAGUAAUACGCUACACUACAUUCAUAUCGAACAACUUGAUAAGAUUUCCGAGAGCCCUUCAGAGAUCAUGGAGUCUCUGACGGCUAUGUACAACAUCCCUAAAGACAAACAAAUAUUGCUUUUCACACACAUUCGCCUGGCACACGGCUUCUCCAACCACAAGAGGAGACUGCAGGCUGUGCAAGCCAGGCUGCAUGCCAUCUCUAUACUCGUGUACUCCAACGCCCUCCAGGAGUCAGCCAAUAGCAUACUCUACAAUGGGCUUAUAGAGGAGCUAGUGGAUGUACUUCAGAUCACAGACAAGCAGUUGGUGGACAUUAAGGCCGCCUCCUUGCGCACGUUGACAUCCAUAGUCCACCUGGAGCGCACCCCCAAACUGUCCAACAUUAUCGAUUGCACAGGAACAGCCUCCUACCAUGGAUUUCUGCCUGUGCUUGUCCGCAACUGCAUACAGGCCAUGAUCGACCCGCUGAUGGAGCCAUACCCCCACCAAUUUGCCACAGCCCUCUUCUCCUUCCUCUACCACCUGGCUAGUUAUGAUGCAGGCGGAGAGGCCUUAGUAUCUUGUGGUAUGAUGGAGGCAUUGCUAAAGGUGAUCAAGUUCCUUGGGGACGAGCAGGACCAGAUUACCUUUGUGACGCGGGCAGUGAGAGUUGUGGAUCUCAUCACCAAUCUGGACAUGGCUGCUUUUCAGUCCCACGGCGGCCUUUCAAUCUUUAUCUGCAGACUGGAGCAUGAGGUUGACCUCUCCAGGAAAGAGUGCCCUUUUGUAAUCAAACCAAAGAUCCAGAGGCCCAACACAGCUACUGAGACAGAGGACAUGGACACAGAUAUGGACAUGUCAGAGGUUGCCAUGGAGAGCAGUCCCGGCCCAUCCACUUCUUCUGGUUCCAGAGCAGAGACAGAUUCGCGAGCACAGAGCAAUGCAGCCAGCACCCCCAGAGCAGGAGUGCAGUGCAUCCCUCAGAGGGCCGCUCUGUUGAAAUCUAUGCUGAACUUCUUGAAAAAAGCCAUUCAGGACCCUGCGUUCUCUGACGGCAUUCGUCAUGUAAUGGAUGGGUCCCUCCCUACCUCUCUGAAACACAUCAUCAGUAAUGCAGAGUAUUAUGGACCCUCACUGUUUCUCCUGGCAACGGAGGUGGUGACGGUGUUUGUGUUCCAGGAGCCCUCUCUACUGUCAUCUCUGCAGGACAAUGGUCUCACUGAUGUCAUGCUACAUGCACUGCUCAUCAAAGAUACCUUUUAUUUGUUUCUACAGGUCCCUGCCACCAGAGAAGUGCUGGGUUCCCUGCCUAACGUCUUCAGCGCCCUGUGCCUGAAUGCCCGUGGUCUGCACUCAUUUGUGCAGUGCCAGCCCUUCGAGCGGCUGUUCAAGGUGCUGCUCUCACCAGACUACCUGCCUGCCAUGCGCCGCAGACGCAGCUCUGACCCAUUAGGUGACACCGCCUCUAACUUGGGCAGUGCUGUCGACGAGCUAAUGCGGCACCAGCCCACACUUAAAACGGAUGCUACAACAGCCAUCAUCAAGUUGCUAGAGGAGAUCUGCAACUUGGGCCGAUCGCCAGAGUACAUCUGCCAGAAACCCUCCAUACAGAAAGCAGACGGGACCGUCACGGUACCUCCAGCUCGAUCGAACCAUGCUGCAGAGGAGGCAUCCAGUGAGGAUGAGGAGGAGGAAGAGGCUCUACAUACCUUUAGCCAGCAGCAGGGGGAGCCAGAAAGCAACAGGCAAGUGGUGGGAACAGAAGAGCGAAUCCCCAUUCCUCUUAUGGAUUACAUCCUGAAUGUGAUGAAAUUUGUGGAGUCCAUUCUGAGUAACAACACAACAGAUGACCACUGUCAGGAAUUUGUCAACCAGAAGGGGCUCCUACCACUGGUGUCAAUUCUUGGGCUGCCCAACCUGCCCAUUGACUUCCCCACCUCUGCUGCCUGCCAAGCUGUGGCAGGAGUCUGCAAAUCUAUACUAACUUUGUCCCAUGAGCCGAAAGUUCUCCAGGAGGGUCUGUGUCAGUUGGACUGCAUACUGUCUGCUCUGGAGCCUCUUCACCGGCCCAUCGAGGUCCCUGGUGGCUCUGUUCUGCUCAGAGAACUGGCCAACGCAGGCCAUGUCACAGACGCCACAUUGUCAGCACGUGCCACCCCACUGCUGCAUGCCCUCACAGCGGCACAUGCGUACAUCCUCAUGUUCGUUCAUACCUGCAGAGUCGGACAGAGUGAGAUCCGUGCUAUCUCAGUGAAUCAGUGGGGAUCUCAACUGGGUCUUAGUGUUCUGAACAAACUGAGUCAGCUCUACUGCUCUCUGGUGUGGGAGAGCACUGUGCUGCUGUCCCUCUGUACACCAAACAGUUUGCCUCCUGGAUGUGAGUUUGGUCAAGCCGACAUGCAGAAACUUGUGCCUAAGGAGGAUAAACCCUCUAGCAGCACAACAGCUGCAGGCAGGAGAACUGCUGAGACUGAGACCCUGUCUGUGGGGGUGGAUCCCUCUGCUCAGGGUUUGCUGGAAGGAAUGGGCCUGGAUGGAGACUCUCUCGCUCCCAUGGAGACGGACGAGCCCACAGCCACUGACCCGAAGACCAAGUCCAAACUCACCCCUGCCAUGGCAACACGUAUCAAACAAAUUAAGCCUCUGCUCUCAGCCUCCUCUCGUUUGGGCAGGGCUCUGGCUGAGCUUUUUGGACUGCUGGUGAAGCUUUGUGUGGGCUCACCUGUCCGUCAGCGGCGCUCUCACCAUACCACCAGCACAGGCACGGCCCCAACACCGGCAGCUCGGGCCACAGCGUCAUCUCUUACUAAACUCCUCACCAAGGGCUUGAGCUGGCAGCCGCCUCCCUACACGCCCACACCACGUUUCAGGCUGACUUUCUUUAUCUGCUCUGUUGGCUUCACCUCACCCAUGUUGUUUGAUGAGAGGAAAUAUCCAUACCAUCUGAUGCUACAGAAGUUCUUCUGUUCUGGUGGCCAUGAUGCUCUGUUUGAGACCUUUAAUUGGGCCCUGUCCAUGGGUGGUAAAGUACCCGUGUCAGAGGGCUUGGAACACUCUGAGCUGCCUGAUGGGACGGGAGAGUUCCUAGACGCCUGGUUGAUGCUAGUGGAGAAGAUGGUGAACCCCAGCACAGUUCUGGACUCCCCACACUCUCUGCCCGCUAAAGUGCCUGGAGCAACAGUCAAUGCCCCACAGUUCAGCGCCUUGCGCUUUCUCAUUGUCACCCAGAAGGCUGCAUUCAGCUGUAUUCGUAACCUAUGGAACCGUAAGCCCUUGAAGGUCUACGGUGGACGCAUGGCUGAGUCCAUGCUGGCCAUUCUCUGCCACAUCCUACGAGGAGAACCUAUCAUCCAGGAGCGGCUCUCCAAAGAAAGAGAGGGCACGGCUCGGCCUGAUGAGGAGAGCAGCUCCACAAGUGCUGGAGGGACAAGCAGCUCUUCAGGAACAGCAGGAACAGUUGGAGAAGCAGUGCCUGGAAGUGCCAAUGGAAGCUCUGCUGGAGGCUCUACAGAGGAGGGGAGCAACUCAACAACUCGCAGAGAGCCACAGGUCAACCAAGCUCAGCUCACUCAGCUAAUGGACAUGGGCUUCUCCAGAGAGCAUGCAAUGGAGGCUCUGCUGAACACCAGCACUAUGGAACAGGCCACAGAGUACCUGCUCACACACCCUCCACCACUCCUCAGCGCAGCUGUCCGAGAGUUCACCAUGUCUGAAGAAGACCAGAUGAUGCGGGCCAUUGCCAUGUCUCUAGGUCAAGAAGUUAGCAUGGAGCAGCGCUCAGACUCACCUGAGGAAGCAGCUCGCCGGCGUGAGGAGGAUGAGAGGAGAGCAAGGGAGCGGGUAGAAGAGGAAGAAGCACGUUGUCUGGAGCGCUUCCUAGAAGCUGAACCUCUAGACACCACAGAGCUACAUUCCUUCACAGACUCAAUGCUGCCUGGAUGCUUCCACCUGCUCGACGAGCUGCCGGACACAGUCUACCGCCUCUGUGAUCUGCUCAUGACUUCUAUUAAAAGGAAUGGCCCUGAAUACAGAGACCUCAUCCUCAGACAGGUGGUCAAUCAGGUGUGGGAGGCCGCUGACGUGUUGAUAAAGGCUGCGGUGCCGCUAACCACCAGCGACACUAAGACAGUGUCUGAGUGGACGAGACAGAUGGCAACCCUCCCCCAGGCCUCCAACCUGGCCACCCGCAUCCUGCUGCUCACGCUGCUCUUCGAGGAGCUGAAACUCUCAUGUGCUCGGGUGGUGGAGAGCAGUGGUGUCUUGACUGUGCUGAUUAAGCUGUUGGAGGUAGUGCAGCCCUGUCUGCAAGCUGCCAAAGAGCAGAAGGACAUCCAAACACCCAAAUGGAUCACCCCUGUGCUCCUGCUCAUUGACUUCUAUGAGAAAAUGGCUGUAUCAUCCAAACGAAGAGCUCAGAUGAAUAAGUACCUGCAGCCCAAUGGGAAUAACUGGCGCUGGUUUGACGACCGUUCAGGCCGCUGGUGCAGCUACAGCGCAAGUAACAACAGCACCAUCGACUCUGCCUGGAGGGCGGGAGAGACCAGCGUCCGCUUCACUGCUGGCCGCAGGAGAUACACUGUCCAGUUCAACACCAUGGUGCAGGUGAAUGAAGAGACUGGGAACAGACGACCAGUUAUGUUGACGGUACAGCGGGUGCCACGGAUUCCCAAGACCACAAAAUCUGGAAGUGUUACUGAUACAGAGAGAGAAGAGAGUGAACAGAGAGCAAAGACUGAGGAAACACAGACUGAUACAGAUUCCAGCUCUGUGGCUGUGGAAAUGGCACCUCCUAAAGAAGAGUCAGAGCAGAAGGAUCCAAGCACGGCAGCUCCCUCCGUCCUUCAAGACCCCUCUGGUUCCAGUGGUAUUGUUGUACAGGGCAUGACGGAGGACAUGAUCACCAUUUUGAUCCGCGCCUGUGUCAGUAUGAUCAGUGUUCCUGUGGACCCGGACACUUUGCACGCCACCUUGCGGCUCUGUCUUCGUCUCACUCGUACACACCAUUACGCCAUGAUGUUUGCAGAGCUCAAGAGCACCCGCAUGAUCCUGAACCUCACGCAGAGCUCAGGUUUCAAUGGCUUCACCCCACUGGUCACUCUGCUCUUCCGCCACAUCAUAGAAGACCCAGCCACGCUGCGGCACACUAUGGAGAAGGUGGUACGGUCUGCCGUCACCAGUGGUGCAGGAAGCACUACUUCAGGUGUGGUGUCAGGUAGUCUGGGCUCCAGGGAGAUCAACUACAUCCUACGUGUCCUCGGGCCAGCAGCCUGCCGCAACCCUGAGUGCUUUACGGAAACUGCCAAGAGUUGCAUUCGAAUUGCUCUCCCUGCCCCAAGAGGUGCUGGCACUGCCUCAGACGAUGAGUUUGAGAACUUCAGAAUUAAGGGCCCAAAUGCUGUCCAGCUAGUGAAGACCACACCCCUGAAGCUGUCCCCACUGCCCUCCAUACCAGAGACGAUUAAAGAGGUCAUCUAUGACAUGCUGAAUGCCCUAGCAGCGUAUCACGCUCCAGAAGAGGCAGAGAGAGGAGAGGAGCGGGCAGCCGCAGUACCAGGGAGUCAAGACCUUUGUCAGAUCCUGCAGGAUGUCGGUGAUGAUGUCUACCAGCAGUACAGACUCACCAGACAAGGCAGUGAUUUCGACUCUCAGUCUGCCUUCCACAUCAAUGGUACAACACAAUCAACACUCUGUAAUCUGACUCAGGUGUUUGCUGCAGAUGGUGCCGUUGCAGAAUCCUCCCAGUCUGGAACACCACAGGGAGAAGCCUCUACGCCUGAGGAAAUGCGUGAAGAGAAAAAGGAGCAGGAGGGAGAGAAGGGAGCUUCUUCAGAGGAGAGCCGAGCUGCUAAAGCUAAGGCCAGCAAACCUCUGAUGCCUACCUCCACCAUCCUGAGGCUUUUGGCAGAGUUGGUGCGGUCAUAUGUUGGCAUCGCCACUCUCAUCACCUCUUACAACUACACAGCUGGCCAGUCAGAGCUCAUUAAGGAGGAUUGCAGUGUGCUGGCAUUUGUUUUGGACCACUUGCUCCCACACACCCAGAACUCUGAGGACAAGGACACCCCUGCCCUUGCGCGUCUUUUCCUGGCCAGCCUUGCUGCAGCUGGCACAGGCACCGAUGCCCAGGCGGCCCUGGUCAACGAGGUCAAGGCCGCUCUGAGUCGAGCACUGGGCAUGGCAGAGGGCACAGAGAAACACGCCCGCUUGCAAGCAGUUAUGUGCAUCAUCAGCACCAUUAUGGAGUCGUGUCCCUCCACCUCGAGCUUCUACAGCACAGCCACAGCCAAGACCCAGCACAACGGCAUGAACAAUAUUAUCCGACUCUUCCUGAAGAAAGGCCUUGUCAAUGACCUUGCCCGUGUGCCUCACAGCCUUGAUCUAUCCAGUCCCAACAUGGCAAACACAGUAAAUGCUGCUUUGAAACCUUUGGAAACGCUGUCACGAAUCGUGAACCAGCCCAGCAGCCUGUUUGGGGGUAAAGGGGGAUCCAGCAAGAGCAAGACAGAGCAUGACGCUGUUGGCACCGUCAGGGACAGCAACAGCAACACCCAGGAUCCAGGAGAGGCCGGCGAGGCAGAGCCAGUAGAGAAUCGUGAUCGUGGUCAAGCCACAGAUGCUGACCUGAUGGAUGGAGAAACCGAGGGAGACACUGUGGUCAUUGCUGGACAGCCUGAGGUGUUGAGCACUCAAGCCAUGCAGGUGGAGAAUGAGUUGGUGGAUUUGAUCGAUGAACUUUUAGAGAGAGAUGCAGGAACUGUUAAUAGCACCAUCAUCGUGGGUCGUUCUGGAGAGGAUGAGUCUCAAGAGGAUGUGCUGAUGGAUGAGGCUCCUUCCAAUAUGAGUCAGGCCUCCACUCUCCAAGCCAACAGAGAGGACUCUAUGAACAUUCUCGAGCCAGAAGAUGAGGAGCACACACAGGAGGAAGACUCCAGCGGUAGCAAUGAGGAUGAGGAUAGUCAGGAUGAGGAGGAAGAGGAGGAGGAAGAAGAGGAGGAAGAUCAGGAUGAUGAAGAGGGAGAUGAGGAUGACGAUGAUGAAGGCUCAGAGAUGGAACUGGAUGAAGAUUUUCCUGACAUCAAUGCCGCCCCACACAUUCGUUUUGAGAGAUUCGACCGAGAUGAUGACCUCAUCAUUGAGUUUGAUAACAUGUUCUCCACAUCUGCUGACAUCCCUCCCUCACCAGGAAAUAUCCCCAGCUCCCACCCUCUGAUGGUGCGUCACGCUGACCACGGCUCGCUGACGCUGGGGGGUGCAGGCACCAGCAGCAGAUUGGCUCAAGGCAUGGGACGCAGUCAACGCUCUCUCCGCCAGCUCACAGCCAACACAGGCCACACUAUCCAUGUACAUUACCCUGGCAACCGUCAGCCCAACCCUCCUCUCAUCUUGCAAAGAUUAUUGGGCCCCAGUGCUGCAGCUGAUAUCUUGCAGCUGUCAAGCUCUCUGCCUCUGCAGUCUCGCGGUCGUGCCCGUCUCCUGGUGGGUAACGAGGAUGUGCACAUUAUUGCCCGUUCGGACGAUGAACUGCUGGAUGACUUCUUCCAUGAGCAGAGCAGCACUGGAGGACAAGCUGGCACCCUUUCAAGUAUCCCGACCGCCUUAACCAGAUGGACUGAUGAGUGUAAAGUCCUGGAUGCCGAGAGCAUGCAUGACUGUGUGGCAGUGGUGAAGGUCCCCAUACUACAGCACCUGGAGAGCUUGCGUGAUGAAGAGCUGGAGGAACGCAGGGAGAAGAGGAGGAGACAGUUGGCAGAGGAAGAGGAGACUGCCAAGCAGAAUGAGAGUUCUGCAGCUGGAGAGGAGACCCGGGAGCAGAGCCUGCAGGGCUCUGGGAUUGGCACAGUCAAUGGAGCUGGAGAGAAUGCUGCAGAAGGAGAACAGGCCCAGAGUGGGGUGUCCUCCUGUCUAGACCCUCCUCGCACCUCUGAGGGUUUCCUCACAGCGCCCCCAUCAGGAGAAGUCACCCCAACCACCCCUGCCCCCCACGAACAAGCCCUCGUGUCUCUGGAAACAGCCAUCAGUCAGCAGGUGCACCAGCCAAUCACAGAGCUGCUGCUGGCUGACUCCAAUCCUGACUCUCACGGAGCCUUGGCUGGGGCGGGGCUUCCCCAGCUCUCAGCACCUGAUAGGGUGAAUUGUGAGGCAGAAGCAUCUCAGAUGGAAAUGUCACCUGCACCCACUAUUGGUGAGAGAGGAGGAGGAGCAUUGGAUGCAGUCAGGGAAGCUUCUCUCAGUCCAGAUAUAGCUGAAAGCUCAGAGCCUGUGCCAGUGGGUGUGUCUCAGCUUGAGGGUUCACCCAUGGAUACGAGCAGUCCCGCCUCAGGAACGCAGGAAGAGCCAGCUGCCAGCUCCGCUCCCUCCAAUCACAUGUCUCAGGAACUGUCAGGAAGUGGUGACAGUGGCCUCACAGACAGGCAAACAGAUGCAGAAACAGGCUCAACUUCUGUUUCAUCUCCUGGUGAGACCAUGCCUCGGAGUGAUAGUGCUGAUAGUCAAUCACAAGCCAUCCAGGAGGAGCCGCUCCCUUCCACCAGCAAUGAAGAGGAUGACCCUCUGGCUGGCAUCAGUCUGCCAGAAGGUGUGGACCCAUCUUUCUUGGCUGCACUCCCUGAAGACAUCCGUCGGGAGGUGCUGCAGAACCAACUAGGAAUCAGACCUCCUUCUCGGCCUCCUGUCACUUCCACGCUGACUCCCUCAGCUAGCACUGUGUUGGGUGGAGGGCCAGGGGUGACGGAGGUCAGCCCAGAAUUCCUAGCAGCUCUCCCACCUGCAAUUCAGGAAGAGGUCUUGGCUCAGCAACGGGCGGAGCAGCAGCGUCGAGAGUUAUCCCAGCAACCCCCACAAGGCGAUCAACCUCUGGACCCGGUCACGUUCAUCCAGACCCUGCCCUCUGAGUUGCGACGAUCUGUACUGGAGGACAUGGAGGACAGCGUGCUGGCGGUCAUGCCCCCAGAUAUUGCAGCAGAAGCUGCAGCACUGCGCAGGGAACAAGAGGCCAGGCAGAGACAACUGAUGCAUGAGCGGUUGUUCGGUCACAGUUCCUCCUCAGCACUGUCUGCCAUCCUACGCUCACCAGCUUUCACAAGCCGUCUCGGUGGCAACCGUGGGGUACAGUACACCCGGCUGGCUGUGCAAAGAGGGGGGACGUUUCAAAUGGGAGGGAGUGCUAAUCACAGCCGGCCCUCUAGUUCUAACGUUGAUUCUCUCCUGCGACUGCGGGGGCGUCUCUUGUUGGACCACGAGGCCUUGUCCUGCCUUCUAGUGCUGCUGUUUGUGGACGAGCCCAAGCUCAAUACCAGCCGCCUCCACCGAGUGCUGCGUAACUUGUGCUACCACUCUCAGACACGUGGCUGGGUCAUCCGCAGCCUUCUGUCUAUCCUGCAGCGCAGCAGCGAGAGCGAGCUGUGCCUGGAGACCUCACGCCUGGAGGAGUCCCGUGGUAAGCGCUCACUAGGCCAGGGCUCUUCCAGCGGAGGAAAGUGUUCCUCUUCAUCCCCGCAGACGGGUGUAGCCUCUUCAUCAUCGUCCUCAUCAUCUUCUCUAGAGCUGUUGAACAGAGUGGAGUCACGUAGUUCCAGUCAGCUUUCCUGGCUGUCUGUAUCAAUGGACGCAGCUCUGGGAUGCAGGACCAACAUAUUUCAAAUCCAGCGGGUGUCGGGCAGGAAACACACGGAGAGGCAUUCAGCAGGAGGGGGCAUGAGCUCGGGAGGGCUCGGAGGUGGAAUGUCAGGAACGGGAGUGGCAUGUGCAGGGGGAGGAGGUGGAUCAACUGUUCACAUUCACCCACAGGCUGCUCCGGUUGUCUGUCGACAUGUACUGGAUACCCUCAUACAACUGGCCAAGGUAUUUCCCAGUCACUUCACUCAGCAACGCUGUAAAGAUCCCCUGUCUGCCUCCUCAUCUGAGUUGGACACUCGUCUUUGCGCUGGCUCAACACCGACUGCAAGUGCAAGCUGCCGGUCAGGUGCCACCAGUCAGAGUAACUCUUCAGCUAUUCCGAGCAAUUCCACUUCUACCCACAAUUCCCUGAGCGCCUGCUCGGUUACACCACAGUCCCUGGGCAUCUCCACUGACUUCUGGGAUCUCCUGGUCAAGCUGGACAACAUGAAUGUGAGCCGUAAGGGCAAGGCAUCCAUGAAGACUGUGCCUCUAGGUGGUGCUGGAGAGACAGAGGGCGCUUUGUUCAGCCUUGAGGCAUCUCCUCUGGGCCAGCUGAUGAACAUGCUGUCCCACCCAGUGAUCCGCCGCAGUUCUCUGCUUACUGAGAAACUGCUCCGCCUGCUCUCUCUGAUCUCCAUUGCUCUGCCUGACAACAAGGCCACGGAGGUUCCAGCCAGCCACCCAGUGCCUCAGGCCCCAACUGCCACACCCUCUGCUCCUGCCACUCAAACCACAGCGGGGACAGGGACCAUCUCAGCGGUGGCAGGUGCGGGCACCACGCAGGGUUCAGUAGGCCCGAUGCCCUCUCAACCAGCCACUACGGUAUCUGUUGUUGCAGGCAGCACCACCACCUCUGGCAGUAUAGCUGCUGGAAAACAGAAGGCGGCAGUAAGCAGCGCGGACAUAGAAACCAAACUCGCCUCUACUGGACUAACAGAGAAACAACUGCAGCUCUCUGUGGAGGUGCUGACAUCCCACUCGUGUUCAGAGGAAGGUCUGGAGGAUGCGGCUAACAUCUUGCUGCAGCUGUCAAGAGGGGAUGCACUUACCCGAGACACUGUACUCAAACUUCUGCUCAGUGGGGCACGUCAGCUCGGAUACACUCUCUGCAAACAAAUUGGCACUUUACUGGCGGAGUUGAGGGAGUAUAACCUGGAGCAGCAGAGAAGAGCACGUGCUGAUGCUCAGUCUCCUGAAGCUUCUCAUGAGGACCCAUCCAUAACCACACGCCUCAAGGGCAAGAUGACCAGCAGGUUUGAUGGGUCGGAGAGUGUGGUGAUUGUGGCUGCUCAGAAGCGCACGUUAGGUGGCCGUGAGCUGCAGCUGCCCUGCAUGAGCUCGCUCACCUCCAAGACCUCCACGCAGAAGUUUUUCCUGCGUGUUCUGCAGGUCAUUAUUCAACUUAGAGAAGACACACGGCGUGCUAACAAGAAAGCUAAGCAGACAGGAGGAAGACUGAGUUCAACCAGUCUGGGCUCGGCCAGCAGUAUCCAGGCUGCGGUCCGUCAGCUAGAGGCUGAAGCGGACGCCAUCAUUCAGAUGGUGAGAGAGGGGCAGAGGGCCCGCCGUCUACAGCAGGCCCCCCCACCCUCUUCAUCCGCAUCCUCUUCCGCUGCUGUUGCUGCCGCUGCUGCUGCUGCAUCCGCUGCUGUGGCUGUGGCUGGAUCGUCUGCCCCCAGUACCUCUGCAACCAACAACCCCCCCGCUGGCACGGCCAGCGCAGCCACGUCGGAGGUGCACUCUGUUGCCGAGCCCCCAGCAGCUCAAAGAGAUGAUUCGCCCAUGGAUGUGGAUCAGCCCUCACCCCUAGAACAGGACCAGGCAACCUUAGGUGAAGAGAGCAGCAGUCAGCAGGAACAGGAGGAGCGUUUGCCUGAUCUGCCGUUGUUGAGUGAGCAGCUGUUGUUAGACGAGCUAUGGGACAUGCUGGGAGAGUGUCUGAAAGAACUUGAAGAGUCUCAUGACCAACAUGCAGUUUUAGUUCUGCAGCCUGCGGUGGAGGCCUUUUUCCUGGUACAUGCCACCGAGCGGGAAAGCAAACCUCCGGUUCGAGACACUCGGGAGAGCCAGCUGUCACACAUCAAGGAUGAGCCCCCCCCACUGUCGCCUGCCCCUCUCACACCCGCCACCCCCUCCUCUCUGGAUCCCUUCUUUUCCAGGGAGCCCUCAUCUAUGCACAUCUCCUCCAACCUGCCUCCAGACACACAGAAGUUCUUGCGUUUUGCAGAGACCCACCGCACAGUGCUGAAUCAGAUCCUGCGUCAAUCCACCACUCACCUGGCAGAUGGGCCAUUUGCCGUUUUGGUUGACUACAUCCGCAUCUUGGACUUUGAUGUCAAGCGCAAGUAUUUCCGUCAGGAAUUGGAGCGUCUGGAUGAGGGGCUGAGGAAAGAGGAUAUGGCUGUCCAUGUGAGGAGAGACCACGUCUUUGAAGAUUCUUACAGAGAGCUGCACCGCAAGAGCCCAGAGGACAUGAAGAACAGACUGUAUAUAGUGUUUGAAGGAGAGGAGGGUCAGGAUGCAGGUGGGCUGUUAAGGGAGUGGUACAUGAUCAUCUCCAGAGAGAUGUUCAAUCCCAUGUACGCCCUGUUCCGCACCUCGCCCGGUGACCGGGUCACCUACACCAUCAAUCCUUCCUCCCACUGCAACCCCAACCAUCUCAGCUACUUCAAGUUUGUGGGACGUGUGGUGGCCAAAGCAGUCUAUGACAACAGGCUAUUAGAGUGUUACUUCACACGCAGCUUCUACAAGCACAUCCUGGGCAAGAGCGUCAGGUAUACAGACAUGGAAAGCGAAGACUAUCCCUUCUUCCAGGGUCUGGUCUACUUGUUGGAGAACGAUGUGUCCACUCUGGGCUACGAGCUGACAUUCAGCACAGAGGUCCAAGAGUUUGGCGUGUGUGAAGUGAGAGAUCUGAAGGCCAAUGGUGCCAACAUUCUUGUCACAGAAGAGAAUAAGAAGGAAUAUGUACAUCUGGUAUGCCAGAUGAAGAUGACAGGUGCAAUCCGUAAACAGCUGGCUGCCUUCCUGGAGGGCUUCUAUGAGAUCAUCCCCAAGAGACUGAUCUCCAUCUUCACUGAGCAAGAGCUGGAGCUGCUCAUCUCCGGCCUGCCCACCAUCGACAUUGACGACCUCAAAGCCAAUACAGAAUAUCACAAAUAUCAGUCCAGUUCCAUUCAGAUCCAGUGGUUCUGGCGUGCAUUACGAUCUUUUGACCAGGCUGACCGGGCCAAAUUUCUGCAGUUUGUUACGGGCACAUCCAAAGUGCCACUGCAGGGCUUUGCUGCACUGGAGGGAAUGAAUGGCAUCCAGAAAUUCCAGAUCCACCGAGAUGACCGCUCCACUGACCGCCUUCCCUCUGCACACACUUGCUUUAACCAGUUGGACCUCCCGGCAUAUGAGAGCUACGAGAAGUUAAGACACAUGCUGCUGCUGGCCAUUCAGGAAUGUUCUGAAGGCUUUGGACUGGCCUAAAGACUCUCCUAAACCCACAUACAGACACACACAGAUGUAGACUUACAUGUUGUUAACUUAUGACACACAUGCAUAUUCACAUCACUAUCAUACAUACGGCCAAGACCUUCUUCUAAUCCACAUAAAACAAACAGAUGGACGGCUAAACGAGUGAUAGAGAUGUAUUGACAUUGCCCACUACACACAGAGCCUGGCAUUGACACACCGAACUGUAUUUGGUAUAUGUGUGUGUCUCACUUCCCUAUUAAAAUUACAGAGCCCGGGAGAGGAUCACAGAGGAUAUCUGCGGACUAAUGUAAAAGACAUUUUCUCCAUUUAGUUUGGUUUCUCUGUACAAAAGGUUUGGGAGUUUAUUAUGUUUAAUCUUUUUUGUUCUUCUCUGGCUGUUAAAAUAAGGAGAGGGCUGUUUUGUGUGUGUAAAGAGGAUGGUUGUAACCCUCUGGCGGGGGAAAAAAAAAAGUUGAUUGUCCUCUGUUGCUAAUGUGUGACCUCACUAGCUUUGCAAAUGGGAACUUUAAUUUCAGGGAGGGGGGAAGUUGUGGAUUCUGGCGGGAGGGUGAGAACAUGAAAUGAGGUUUUGGUGAAAACGCAGACGUGCAGGGAUUUUCAGAACGGGGACAUUUUUAGGCAACUUUUGUGGUAUUUUUGGAGAGGAACACACAGAUUUAAGAAGUGAAGGACUGAGACGUUGAACCGCGGGUGCUCAGACACAUGCGGUUAUUACCCAACUGCUGAUGCAGCCUCUCAGCAGCUAAUCAGAACGUAAAUUGCUACAUAAAUAAAUGCAUAAAAUGAGCCCACUGUGUCCUCUAGAGUUGUUUCAAUGUAUGCCUUACACAUUUGCACUAACAGGAGCAAAUAUCAUUUAUAUGUUAAGAAAUUUACUGAUGGAGGUCCAUGAAAACUAACUUGACACAUGCUGUGGGGUCCAAGUAUUAAAAGCUCUAUUCUUCAUCCUGA